AAUCCCUCAUUACCAAAAUGCCAAUGCCAAGAUGUGUUGAUUCACACAGCUAUUUUAAGAGGAAUUUCACAUCAGUUAAUAAUUCGUCACCACUGAAUUUUGACAUGAAAAUUAACUGUAUUAUUUCAACGAUGUGAUUCCGAGGAACACACCAGCUCAAAGUUGUGUUUCAGUGACUAGUACACUGAGCUUCACUCAGCAUGGAUGUGACUGGACUGAGUCACAUUGGGGAUCCAGCCCAGCUGCCAUCUUUCAAAGCUCUUCUUCGUGAUGGUCCCGUGCCAUCUACUGCUGCACUUGAUGUCUUCAUCACUGAUCUGGAUAUUAGGCUGGACCAAAACUCAAAAGAGCUGGAUGUGUGCCUCCAGUCUGUGCUAGACUUCACGAAUGACCUCCCAGGAAGCAAGUGUUUCACGUCUCCCAAGGAGGGCCUUGCUCACAUGCACAACAGCCAUGUGUUAGAGAAGGACUCCUGCUAUGACCCAGAGAUGGAAGAUGUAAUGGCAAUGCUCACUUAUCUACAUAAGACUCUAGAGCAGUGUCCUGGAUGUGAGGAGGCCGUUCUUCAGGAGAUCCUGACACUGUCCUCGAUAGAAGGUCUCUCUCUUCCUCUGAAGGCCUCAGACACAGACUCUAUGUCCAUGUCCAUGGUAUCUCUCAAUAUGGUGGUGGACAGCGGGGACCAGCUCAUUGAGCAAAAGUGGAAGAAAGUCACACAACUUCUCAAGAAACAUUUUGUGGACCGACUGCUGCAGCUUCCAGUCAGUAAGAUAGACAGCAACCUCAACGUGCUGGUCAACAUGAGGCUCAACCUACUGCAGAGCCUGCGAGCCAUUGCUCCCGAUGAGGAUGUGUGGAACAGGUAUCGGUCUCUGCGAACACAGCAGCUGGAGAAAUGUUUCAGCGACAUGUUGCCUGAGCAGCAGUCUGAGAGCACAGACUACAAGGCGUUCAGCCAUCACUGCAAUGCCAUGGCAGACAUUAUCAUCAGCAUGCUUGACGAAGACUUCAUCGUCCUCAACACAGGCAUGUUCACAAAGGUCACCGGGGUGUUCAAGGCCCUGCAUGAUCUGUACCUGGAGAAGUAUAGUGACGAGAUGUCCUUGCUUGUGGAGGAAGUGUGUGAUGAGAUCAGUGAUAUGAAAAGCAAGGGAAUGGCUCAGUCACACAGUGAGUUCACCAUUCAGAGUAACCACCAUAGCAGUAUGGCUAAAAGUGGCCUGGCUCAGAGUCUGGACAGCAUGGUGGCCACAUCCACGGCGGUACAGGCUGCACCAACAGAACCCAAGUCCUAUAUCCCCCAGACUUGCAUGAAGUCUUUGCUGCAGAUUCUGUGUUCCAUCCUGAAGAUUGAGGAGCAUGUUGACCAACUGCUGAGGAACACAUCGUGGGAUGUGUGUGGUCUGGCAGGCAAGAAAAGCAAGAGGAAAGGCAGUCUCAGAGGAGUGUUGAAGCCGAGUUCCAGCCCUGAGAUGAGUCGCCACUCAAUGAAUCUGAGUGGCCUGAGUAACAGUGAGACGAACCUUGAUGGCUCAGUAUCGUCCUCCGUGUCCUCACUCCACAGCAGUACAGCAGCUCCUAAAGUGAUAGAGAGAACAAAGACAGAGGAUAGACUUCACUGGGAUUGGAAGAUCAUCUUCAAGAAAGUGUCAUCUGAUUUGACUCAUGCAGUAGAGAAUGACCUUCAUGAAGUCAUGUCAAAUGGCCUUGACCUUGACCUCAGGCAGUGGGAGCUAAGCAGGAAGUUAGAGACAUGCAAUGUUCCAGAAAUUCUACAUGGAGGAAAGCUUGAUUAUCCCAAAGUUGUUUCCAAGGCUGUGUUUGACUUCUUCUAUGCCGCUGACAACUUGCUACCCCUGGCACGAGCUGGCCGGGAUGGCACCUUCCAGACUGUGAGGUCAGCAUUUAUCGAAGCCAUCAAUCUUGGGCUCAAGAACUUUAGUGUGCAUUUUACAAAGCUGUGCAAGGAUGUCCCCAGCCAGGCCCCUUUGUUCAGCAUGUAUGUCAUCCUGUCCAGUGCUGCCUACAUCAGGAACCAGCUGGUUCACUAUGAGAAGGUCCUGGUGUUUGACGAGGCAGGGAAGAAGCCAUUUAAUGGUCUUUACAAACAGUUUGUGGAGCUGACAGAAUCGCUGACUCAGCAGGUUAUCGAACUGCACACUCAGCUAAUAUCCACCAGUAUUUUACAUGAUGCUGACGGGGGUGACUGGGCCAGUAUGAAAGAUUUCUAUGAGGAUGAGCGGUGCUCCUUCACCAUACAGAUGUGGAACUACCAUCUCCGGGCAUUGCAGAGUGACCUGUGGUCAGUGGCUCCCCCACAGAUGGCUCAGUACAUCUUCAGCAUGGUCUUGAAGGAGUCUUUGACUGUCAUUGCUCACAGAUAUGUGAGGGUCAAACCCAGCUUUAAAAGAGUUAAACAGUUCAGGUAUGACCUGACAGCUGUGUUGCUGUGUACAGAAGAGUUCCUACUUCACACCAGCAGCUCGGUGUCUCACAUCCUCGACCCAGGACACACAGACCAGCCAACCUACACCAUUCACAAUCUUUGCUCCACCAUCUUCUCAGCCAUAGCCAUCGUCAGCUCACCUCUUGAAAUUCUCUACAGAGUAUACAAGAAGGGAUAUGGUCGACGGCGUGACAGCCAUGAAGAGUUCUCACUCCAUCUAGCAACAUCUUACACUGGUUCCAACACUCACUGGCUCCAUUGGAUCCGCCCAGAACUCUAUCACACCAACCAAAAGCACUAUGACGACAUGCAGACAACGAUGGCGGUGUAUGUGCAGUUGCAGCUGUUGUUGCAUCAGCCAGAUCCUCACUGGGGGAAGCUCAUACAGUUGCUGAUAAUGAAGGAAUACACAGUGUCUAUCCUGCUGCUCACUCGAAGCAUGGAGAGGAUACGUGCCACAGAGGAACUUGUCAUCCAGAUUGAGACAGCCACAAAUAAGCUGGCAACAGUACCCACCAUCGACACCAAUCAGUUAACUGUGGCCAAGACGCUCUUCCAAUCUAUAGUGAAUAUCCUCUCUCUCAGUCAGAGCUUCCCUGAUGCACUUGCCAAGUCACUCAUCCCAGUAAUUGACCGAUGCAGUGACUGGGACUGUCUCAACAUUAAAGGUCUGGCAGCUUCUCCUGAUUUUAAGCCUCCAUUUUGGAUGGAAGCCAUAUUUUCUGUGAUAGAACCCCUCAUACAGAGAGUGCUGGGCCCAGUGUUAGACUACCUGAUGAUGCUGCCCACCAGCACAGCCUCCCUGGACCCCCUCAUCAUGAAGAUCAGUGAGCUGCCUUGUGGGUGCCCACCCUGUCAGCACGAACCCAACAACAACAGGAAGCCCCCAGCCUUGAAAACUGUGAUGGACGGGGCACUGAAGAUCCUCAUCUCUGAGCUGAGUGAGAGCGUCCUGUGUCUCAGGACUCCAGUGUGCCUCAUGUUCAAUGUCCUGCAGGAGGCCUGUGCAGAGCGGAAAAUCAAGACAGGGCACAACUGUGUGGGCUUGCAGCUGAUUGCAGCCAGUCUGAAGUGUAAGCUUCAGGAUACAGAGUACCUGGAGAAGGCUGUUGGGCUCAGCUUCCACCCUGAAAUGCUGAAGCAGAUGGCCUCCCUAGCCGAGUGUGUCUACUAUGUCCUGGCUAUAGGCAGAUCUAAGAGCCAGAACACCCCUAAAUUAGCUUCCAAGUUCUGCAAGUCCCACAAGGAAUGGAUGGCUCAGAAGUUCCACGUAAUCACGAGUCACUUCAUGAAUGAUAUCUUCUGUAUGCCAGACAGUGAUAUCCUAGAGGGCGCCACCACAGCGUACAGUGACGAUGUGUUCACAGCUAUGGCCAGCAGUACUAUUGAUGCAGCCACAGGCCUGUAUGACCUUCAGACAAUACACGACAUGGUCCACAACAACGGAGAGUGGCUGCUGCAGCAGAUGGACGUGAAGCCAGUUAUCAGCAGUGAGGGAGUGGACCCAGUACAAAACUUCACUUUCAACAUCACAAAGCCAAAACCUAAGCCCUUCAUCCCAGUCAAGGAGUUCUGUCGGCUUGGGGACUGUGUCUUCGAUCAGGACUACCUAAUCCACUUCCCCUUCAAGUGGUCCGAGAUGCUGCAGAGUGACUUGGGCUUGAGUGAGCACGGUUUCCGCUCUCUCCUUUUCCACCGCCAGGAAAUGCAGGAUGGGGCUUUCCUAGAGGAUGUGGAGAAAAAAACCAGUAGAAGUCCUUAAAGCAAAGUUUGACUCCGAAAUGAUUUGAUCACCAGCAGUGUUUUGUGUUUGAAAUCUGAAAAUCUAUUUUGUGAAAGCCAUUGAAGGCAGUGUUUAAAUUUAGCGGCAUGCAAUUUAUUGUUUUAGUUUGUAAGCACACACGUGUGCACCUUUUAAUGAAGGUAUGUGAGACAAUCAUGAUGAAAUAUCAGCUUCCUGAUCUCUGUAAGUGUUAAGUCUAACCCAUUACCAGUGCCCUAUAAUUUCCUUGCGCGCACAUCACUCGUAUUCUGAUAUUUCCUUGGCAUCAAACACCAUCCUUUCUCGCCCGCCUACCUGGUGUUUCUUUGACAAUCCACUACUCUCACACGUUAAGUGUCUGUACCACCUACCCACAUUCAGUAUUCUGGUAGUGUCUGGAACAUUCACGCAUCCAUCACAAGUAUCAUGUUAUUUCUGACCCACCACAUGUAUGCUGGGGUAGCUGAUGGUGUUUGAUAAGAACAAGACGAUCAGAAAAAGGGUUGUACAAAAGCAAAACUGGAUAGUUAGAAGUGUAUUAUCUCCAAUAGUCGCUGCCUCCAGACAUACAAACAACAAUGUUGUUAUUGUUGUUGAAACUGCCCUGUCUGACCGCUCAUCUUCCUCUGUGUAUCAGUAUUUUGUCAGUGCAUUAUCCUCAUACUAGCAUUUAAUUUAUCAAAGCGUAUUUGUGAUCCUUUUUUUGUGAGUAGAUAUUGCUGUUUUACUGUCAGGUUAUCAAAGGUUUUUUGCAUGGCAGAAGACCAGUGACUGUCUGUUGUCAUUUUCUGUUGUCUCCUCUGGUGCAAGACCAGUGAGUGUCUCUUGUCAUUUUCUGUUGUCUCCUCUGGUAGAAGACCAGUGACUGUCUGUUGUCAUAUUCUGUUGUCAUCUCUGGUACAAGACCAGUCACUGUCUCUUGUCAUAUUCUGUUAUCAUCUCUGGAAGAAGACCAGUGAGCGUCUCUUGUCAUUUUCUGUUGUCUCCUCUGGUAGAAGACCAGUGAGUGUCUCUUGUCAUUUUCUGUUGUCUCCUCUGGUACAAGACCAGUGAGUGUCUCUUGUCAUUCUCUGUUGUUCAUUGUCUCUUCAUUGUUUCCCAGGAAAUAAUCACAGUCCCUGAUAUCAUAGACAAACAAAUAUACCUAUCAUGUCAAGAUCUGCUUGAGCACAAAUCUACUUGAAUUUAGUACGAAGAAACUGUGAUAUACCUACUAGUUUACACUGUAUUGGAAGCAUGACUUAAAGCAGUACAAUUUAUACACAUAUAAUGUUCUGUAGUUGCUAUCUUCAGGAAGUACAGUUGCUUAGCUUCAUUGUUAUUGUUUGCCGUCCAAACCCCUGUCCACAUGCUAUUUUACACAUAAUUGUUCUUUGUUUUUUUGUUGGAAUGUUUUAUUCUUACCACACAUAUUGUUAUCACCCAUAAUUUAUGUUUACGACACGACCUUACACAAUAAAACGUGAACAGUACUGGAA